AUGACUACUUUAACAUCACACACAACUACUAUCGAUAAUAAUAAUAAUAAUAAUAGUAAUAGUAAUAGUAAUAGUAAUAUUAAUAGUAAUAGUAAUAAUAGUAGUAAUAAUGAAAACAAUACAGGAUUUAAUAAAGCAAGUUCAUCAAGUAGAAAUCGAAGUGGUAGUAUAAACAUUGGUAGGAAUAGGUCGAACAGUGAUUCUGAUUGUAAUAAUAAUAAUAAUAAUUCAAAUAAAAUUGAAAAUGAUAAUGAAAGUGAAACAAAUAGUAAAAAUACAGCAAAUUCAUCACCAGUAUUAUCAUCAUUUAAACCAUAUACAAAUAUAGUUGAAUAUUCAAAAUCUGAAUUUAAUUUAAUGACAAAAUCUUUAAGAUUCAUUGAUAAAAAUAGAUAUUUAUCAACUAUAAAGUGUACAAUUUUAGGUUUAAGUGGUGUUGGUAAAACAUCAUUUAUGAGAAGAUUUUCAUCAGGUGAAUUUUUAAUUGAAGAAUCAACAACAUUUGGAGCAAUUAGAACAUUACAUAUGAUGCAUUAUAGUAAUUUAUCAUUACAUUUAGAGAUUUGGGAUUCAGGUGGUCAUGAUAGAUUAAGAGGAUUAUUACCAUUCUAUUUAUCGAAUGCAAAUUGUGUGAUAUUGAUGUAUGAUGUUUGUAAUAGUGAUAGUUUUAGAAGGACAUUUGAAACAUUAUCAAAACAAAGAAAGGAUAUAGCUGACGGUGCAUUAAUUAUAGUCAUUGGUAAUAAAGUCGAUUGUGAUAAGAAACGUGAGGUCACAACAGAACAAUUGGAAAAGAAAUGUUUAGAAUCAUUAGAUACAUUGGGUAAUAUAAGUUGGUGUGAAAUUUCUGCAAAAACAGGUUACAACAUUAGAGAACCAUUUAAUAUAAUCUCAAAGAAUAUUUCAACAAUGAUUUCAAUUUUAAAAUCAAAUCAUAAAUCAAACUCUACUCAAAAUCAUUUAAAUAAUAGUAAUAAUAAUAGUAAUAGUAUUAUGAAUAAUAGUGGUAAUAAUUUAUCAAAUUCAAUUGGUUUAUCAAUUUUUCAAAAUAAUAGUAAUAAUAGUAAUGGUGGUGGUGGUGGUGGAGGUGGUGGUGGUAUUGGUAAUAGUAAUGGCAAUUUACCAACAUUUUUCGAAUUGGAUGAAGAAAGUCAAGAUGAUUCAGAUACAAAUUCAUCAUUACCUUCACAUAUAAUGUCAAAUCCUGAUUUGGUUAUGAUUCGUAAUAACCAUUAUUCAUGUUUAGAGAGAUCAAUUAAACCAAUACCAGAGAAUGUAAUUAUAAAAUUGGAUCAAUUUAAAAUUGAACUUGAACCAAGUAUAAAUAAUUUAUUCAAUAAAUUCUUAUCAAUUAAAAAAAAAGUUUAUACAUUUAAAGAAAUUAUGAAUAAUGAUGAAAAUGAUUUUAAUAAUAAUAGUGGUAAUAAUAGUGGUAAUAAUAGUAAUAAUACAACUCCAGGUAAUAGUGGUGAAGUUAAAGGUAGUUUUUGUAUAAUUGUGGAUAAAUUUCACCCAAAAAGAAUUGAAUUCAAAAGAAAAUCCUCAACAGUUACAACUUCUGAUGUCGUUUUACUUUGUGAUUAUAGAGAUCAUUUAAUUAAAAUUUUUACUUCUUUAUGUCCACCUAAAUUUAAAAUUCCAAUUGUUGAAGGUUGUAGUAGUAGUACAAUUACAGAUUUUAUUGUAUAUUUUAAUGAUUGUUUAAGGUAUUAUUCGAGAGAUCCAAUUGAAAGAUCAUAUAUUGAAAAGUUUAAUAGGUUAUCAUCAUCUUUAUCAUCAUCAUCAUCAUCAUCAUCAACUACACCAACAUCGUCAACAUCGUCAUCAUCAUCAUCAACAUUAAAAAUUAAUACAAGUGGUAUUAAUGGUAUUAAUAAUAAUGAAGUAUUAGUUAAUUUAAAUUUGUCGAAAAUGUUAAAAGAUGAAAAAUAUAUAAUUUCAACCUCACAAUCAAUUAAUUGGAAUGCUUCAAUUGAAACAUUAGAUAUUUCUGAUAAUUCAUUGGAUAAAUAUGAUAUAAAAAUAUUUAAUGAAUUAUUACAAUCAAUUAAUAAUUCAGUAUCUAUUAUUAAUUUAAAUUUAUCUAAUAAUUCUUUAAAUUUUAAACAUAAAAAUUCAUUAGUUGAAUUCAUGCAAUCAAUGAAAUUAAAAUCAUUAGAUUUAAGUUUUAAUGAAUUAUUUAAUAGUUGUAAUUUGAUUGCACAAUCAUUGACACAUAAUUCAACUUUAAAUUAUUUAUCAUUGGCUGGUAAUAAAUUAACAAAUGAUAAUGCUCAAUCGUUAUCUCAAAUGAUUCAAAGUAGAAAUAGCGUUAUCAAUAAUUUAAAUGUAUCUGAAAAUUUAAUUGAAGAUGAAGGUGCAUUAUUCUUAUUAAAAGUUCAACAACAAAAACAACAACAACAACAAAUUUAUUUAAAUUUACAAUCUAAUCCAAUUAAACAUUUUUCAAAAUUUACAACUGGUUCAAAUUCUCAACCUUCUUCUCCAAUCACUUCAAAACAUAAUAUUUAUUAA